AUGAAUGCUCAGCCUCAACCUUCCCUCCGAGAUCAACUUUUUAAAUCCACGGCUCUGGUUUUGGAGAUCAUUAGAAAGCUGGAACCUACUGGACUUGUUGACCUCAGUGCCCUUGAGGAGGGCAUGAGAUCAUUACAGACACAUUACUGGGCUCCAUAUGGUUUUCUAGUCGGCAACUUGACGCAUUCUAUUUGCUUUGCUUACAAGUCUGCGAUGCUAUGA